AAUGUACACACAGUACACGAUAGAAAGUUUAACAGUAAUUGCAAACUACAGUGUAGUCAUCAAUAUAUUUGUUGCAAUAAAACGUGUUUCUAUUGUAUUUAUUAUGAAAACAUGUGUUAAUUGUAUAAUCAUUUGAAAUGCCUUUUAAAAGCAAACCUCUGAAGUGGAAACCAGUGGUCAUUGAAUCGACCGAAGGAUUCAAUGAUACAGACUUUGAUGGUUUAGUGGCUAUUGAAGAGUUGGGUGAUUAUUGCAUCGAAAACAGAGACAACAAAACAGAUAAUAAGCGAAAAGUCAAGAAACGUAAAAAUAAGUCAAAGAAGUUUAAACAAAAUGUCACAGAAGAGGACAGUGAUGAUAAUGAUGACGAGGAAGACAAUGAACCAUCAGUUGAUACGUUACAAUCAAUGCAUUUGUGGCAAAACAUGUCUAUUCCCGAUGAUAUCCUAAAGGCGUUAAAUGAUUUGACUUUUACAAGUCCGACACCGAUUCAAUCGGAAACCAUUAAAGUUGCCAUCGAAGACAAGUUGGAUAUAUUAGGCGCAGCACAGACUGGAAGUGGUAAGACAUUGGCUUUUGGUAUACCUUUAGUCACACAUAUAAUGAAAGAUAAGAUGAAUUCCGACGAAUCCAAACUAAGAGCACUGGUAUUGGCGCCGACCAGAGAAUUAGCCAUUCAAGUGAAGAAACAUUUAGAAGCAAUUACUAAAUAUAUUGGAGUAACUGUUGGAGUACUUGUUGGAGGAAUGUCUGUUCAGAAACAAGAAAGGAUUUUGAAAAAAUUAAGACCCGAUAUAAUAGUUGCGACACCCGGAAGAUUAUGGGAACUAAUGGAAGAUGAAUCGUCUGAUCACUUGACAUCGAGAACUAUAUGUGAUAUUAAAUAUUUAGUUAUCGAUGAAGCGGACAGAAUGGCAGAAAAAGGACAUUUCAAAGAUUUAGUUAAACUAUUGAAUUUGAUUAAACAAAAUUUGAUUGAAAAACAGAUAUUUAUUUUUUCUGCGACACUAACUCUUACAUAUUCUUUGCCAAAACGACUUGAUAUGAAAACAAAAAACAAGAAAAAUACGACAAAUAAGUUAACAGAAAAACAAAAAUUGAAAAAUUUUAUUGAAUUUUUUGGAUUAAAGUCUGAGUCAACAAAAGUGAUUGAUUUGACCAAAAAAGGUGUCGCCAUUCCUGAACAACAAUUAACUGAAUUCAAAAUUAAUUGUUUAUCUGAAGAGAAGGACUUAUAUCUCUAUUAUUUUUUAGUUUUAUUUAAGGGAAGAACUUUAAUAUUUUGUAAUAGCAAAGACUGUUUGAGAAGAAUUGUCAAUAUUUUAAGAAUUCUUCAGUUGAAUCCACUGUCAUUGCACUCAUCAAUGCCUCAAAAGAAACGUUUAUUGAAUUUAGAAAAGUUUACAUCAAAUUCAGAAUCUGUAUUAAUAGCCAGUGAUGUCGCUGCUCGAGGACUGGACAUUCCACACGUCGAUCAUGUGGUUCACUACCAAAUCCCAAGAACGGCUGAAAUUUAUAUUCAUAGAUGUGGUCGUACGGCACGUGCUUUUAAUACCGGUCUUAGUUUACUAAUAUGCGAACCAAAAGAAGAGGCAAAUUAUUACAAACAAUUGUGUAAUACAUUAAACAAAGGCAAUGAUAUUCAAGACUUUAUUAUCGAUCGUUCAAACUUAAGAUCACUUAAACAACGCAUAGAUUUGGCACUAAAGUGUGAUAAAUUGGAUCAUAAAAUCAGAAAAGAGAAAUCACACGAAGAUUGGUUCCGAUUGAACGCAAAGAAAUGUGAAAUUCUUAAUGAUUCCGAUUCCGAUUCAUCGGAAGAAUCUAAACAUAAAAAUUCAAACGAAAUGAGAAAACUUAAAGUAAUGAAAAAGCAAUUGAAUUUUCUCAUUAAUAAACCCAUUUCACAAACUAAAUCAAUGUAUAUCCAUCUCAUCAAAGGAGGAUUAACUAAUAACAUAUUUAAAGAAACAAAAUCCUAAAUUUAUAAUCAUUUACUACUAAAUCGACAAAAGCAACGCAAUUCUUAA